GAUGGAGGCCACCUCACUUCAGCUUUUUGUCCUCAACCAGAGGACUCUGACACAGUGGUUUAAUCGAAGGGAGAGCACGCAGGAGAUCAGUGUCCUCACCCAGGGCCUUGCUGCAGAGGACCACAUCGUUGUGGCCAGCUCACAGCUGCCUCCUCCGCGGGAGAAGCUGGACAAAGUGUCGCCCCCAUCAGGACUCCAGCAUGAGUUUGCCCUCCCGCCGAACAGAGCAGGACAGGCUCCUAAGCUGCGGCCAGGCAGACGACCUGCUAGUGCCACAGUCGUGCAGCCCGUCACCCCAGCAGCUCCUCUUCCUGUCCCAGCUCAGCUUCUUUUAUUGAACCCUGGGUCGACAGUGAUGGCAGCAGGUCAUCACAGGGCUGCUCCUCCCCUGGCUCCUCAUUUAACACCUGCCACACAGGUGGCUCCUGCACCCACUGCCCCUGCGUCUCUGUCCCGCUUCACUGAGAGGAACAGGCGGCGCAGGGCAGAAGAGGAGGCCACCGGGAGCCAGAAAAGAAAGUAUGUCAGAGAAGUGGCUUUUAACAAAUGCAGCAAAUGUGGGCAGCCAAAAACUAAAGAGUUUGGCCACAGCCGCUUCGGCAGCGCCACUUUCUGCCCCAGUGCUUCAGGGGGCAAAUCCUUGGAGCAGUGGCUGGUAGAACAGCGGCAGCUGAAGAAACCGGGAAACCCACCCUAAUAAUGAUGAUGAUAAUAAUAAUAAUAAUAAUAAUAAU